AUAAAGACGUUUGGUGGUGACGCUAAUAUGGAUUAUGUAAGCGUUUUAGGGCUAAGGCUUGGGGUAAUUUUCCCUCAGACUGCUGGUAGAAGGGUCACAGGAGCUGUGGUGCAUGGCACAGACCAGGAGCAGAGGGGGGAGAGAUGGCCGUAGUUGAGCUCAAUGCUGUCUGUGUAACAUGGAGCUAUUAGGGAAGAUACCGGCAGAGCUGCAGGACCAAAAGUCGCCCUGGACUCUGGUGGACACCAUGAACUAUGUGGGGCAGCUGGCGGGCCAGGUGCUGGUGACAGUAAAGGAGCUGUAUAAAGGAAUCAAUCAGGCCACCUUGUCGGGCUGCAUCGACGUGAUUGUGGUCCGACAGCCUAAUGGGACGUUCCAGUGCUCCCCGUUCCACGUGCGCUUCGGAAAACUGGGGGUGCUGCGCUCCAGGGAGAAAGUGAUUGAUAUAGAGAUCAAUGGAGAACCUGUGGAGCUACACAUGAAGCUUGGAGACAACGGAGAGGCCUUUUUUGUCCAGGAGACAGAGCAGCACAAUGAGAUUGUUCCCGCACAUCUGGUGACCUCACCCAUCCCCACGGAAGAAGCUUUGUUGAAAAGCAGGUCAACCGUGGAGCUCAGUCAACCCGUCAGUCCAGAAGAUCCGACCUCUGGAAACCUCCAGCUUUGCUCCAACUCAGUUGGAAAGAAGAGGAAGAGGCGCAAGAGGAAGCACAAAGCAGAGCCGCGCAAGGAGGAACAGACGCAAUCUGUAGGUGGGGAGCUGGAGCUGUGUGAGCUCAGUUCAGAUGAGGAGCAAAAUGCACACAAUGGACGAGCAUGUCUGCUGUCCACGACGAAGGACAGCAAGGACCACAGGCAGCAUUCCCCUCUUGUUAGCCUUGAAUGGGACAGCUACCCUUUCUCUGAUGGAGACUGGUCGCCCUGCACUACGGAGCUGUCCGAGCCCAUGUCGCCCAAGAGCGACUCGGAGCUGAUGGUGAAGCCGACAGAGAGCAUGCUCAGAGCCGACUCACACAUGCAGUGGACGUGGGGGGAGUUUCCAGAAUCCACCAGGGUCAACAGGAAGGACAAAUCAGAGCCACAGCCGUUGACCAUCACUCCCUCAGAGAACACACAUUUCAGGGUUAUUCUGAGCUCGGAAGCCAUGGAGGACGAGUCAAGAGGAGAACAGAUGCCCACAGAUCCUGUUUGCAGUAUUGUAAAACCAGAACCUCGCACCAUCAAACCCGAUCAGUGCAGCUGCAAACCGCAGCCCCCCGAAGCUACGUGUCACGAUACAAGCGUAGCUGAGCCCAAGGCGGACCUUUCAGAUUUAAUGUCUGGGAGCUUUGCUUCUGAGCCAUGUCCCAGCAACUCUGACCUCAGCGCAAAAAACACACGCAAGGCCAGGUGGACGUCCUCACCGCCCAGUCGCAGGGACAGCGGCUCUGCUGCCAGAAGAGGUAGCACCGAGGCUGGAGACUCCACAGCUGUUUGUCCUGAUACAAGGACCUCCAAAGUCACCGACUCACCCAAAGAGAGGAGGGGUGUGAGGAAGAGGAGUCAACACCAGGGACCUGAAGAUAUUUACCUGGAAGACUUGAAUGUACUUGAACCUGAUGUCGCUGCUCGCUACUUCCCAAAAAGUGAGUCUGAGCAGGUUCCUAAACACUGGGUGGAGACGGGACGGCGCUCCGGGUCCCAGUCGCCUCAGUCAGUGGGCAGCGCUGCAGCAGACAGCGGCACCGAGUGUCUGUCCGACUCUGCUGGUGACCUGCCAGACGUCACACUGUCGCUGUGUGGGGGCGUUGGUGAGAACUCGGAGAUCUCUAAAGAAAAAUUCCUGGAGCACAUCAUCACAUACAACGAGUUUGCAGAGAAUCCAGCAAUUAUCGACAACCCCAAUCUGGUGGUCAAAAUUGCCAACAGGUAUUACAACUGGACACUGGCAGCACCGUUGAUACUCUGUAUGCAAGCUUUCCAGAAGAACCUGCCUAAGGCUACAGAAGAAGCCUGGGUGAAGGAGAGAAUGCCAAAAAAGUCUGGACGCUGGUGGUUCUGGAGAAAGAGCAGCACGAAGCAGCUGUCAUCAGAGACCAAGUUGGAGAGACAGGAGUCUCUGACCAGAGAGAGCCCUGCCCUCCACCAGGCCCCAGAAACACAGCAGAAAGCUGCAGAGUGGUCCAGCGAUGAUGAAACUAAAGAGCUGAACUCUGCUGCACCUGCUCUGACACCCACUGAGCGCGUGCAGACGGACGGCCCAGCACCGACCCCGUGCUUCUCGUACAAGAAAUCCCUCCGCCUGUCGUCUGACCAGAUCGCCAGCCUGAAGCUGAGAGAGGGGCCAAACGCCGUCACCUUCAGCAUCACCACUCAGUACCAGGGAACGUGCCGCUGCGAGGGCACCAUCUACCUGUGGAACUGGGACGACAAGGUCAUCAUCUCUGACAUCGAUGGCACCAUCACCAAGUCAGACGUGUUUGGUCAGAUUCUGCCUCAGCUUGGUAAAGACUGGACUCACCAGGGCAUCGCGAAGCUUUAUCACUCAGUUCACGAGAACGGUUACAAGUUCCUGUACUGUUCAGCCCGAGCCAUCGGCAUGGCCGACAUGACCCGAGGUUAUCUGCACUGGGUGAACGACAGAGGGACUCUGCUGCCUCAGGGGCCGCUCAUGCUCUCCCCGAGCAGCCUCUUCUCAGCCUUCCACCGAGAGAUCAUAGAAAAGAAGCCUGAGAAGUUCAAGAUCGAAUGCCUGACAGACAUAAAGAACCUGUUUUACCCAAACACACAGCCCUUCUACGCCGCCUUCGGAAACAGAGAAAGUGACGUGUUUGCCUACAAGCAAGUGGGUGUUUCUAUGUGCCGGAUAUUCACCGUGAACCCCAGAGGGGAGCUGAUCCUGGAACAGGCCAAAGGCAAUAAAACAUCAUACAGCCGGCUGAGCGAGCUGGUGGAGCACGUCUUUCCUUUGCGAAACACGCAGCACAGCGCCACCUUCAGCUGCCCGGAGUUCAGCUCCUUCUGUUACUGGAGACAACCGAUCCCUGAGGUCUGCUUUGAGGAGCUGCUGUAACGUUUCCAAAUGAAACCAACGUGGAGCAGCAGCUUCCGCCGUGAUUACAUGCACUGGUUUGUCUGAAUCUUUGUCACUUUAUGGAUAAUUUGAUAUCAACACGUUCUGCUGUGAUGGAAAGUCUUGGGAUAUAGGGUAUAUAUUAUAUACUGUAUAUAUCUUUAGCCUAAUAGCAUAAUCGCCCAAGUCAUUUUUUGACUUACUGUUAAAAUAGCAUUAAAAAUACCAAUAAGCUUGCUAAAAAAAAAUUCUUGUUUUCUGAAAACAUUCAAAUAUGAUUUAGGCAAUAAUGCUAUUAGGCUAAUGAUAUGCACAGAUCAGCCACAACAUUAAAACCACCCACCUUGGCCAAACCAGGCACCUGCACCCCAUAGCAAUGACACACACAAAAACAGAACAACUAAAAAAAGAAAAAGAAAGAAAACAGCACAAGGUGGUGUUGACCUGGCCUCCAAAUUCUCUAGAUCCCAAACUGAUCAAGUCAACCCACAGGACCCAAAGACCCCCACUAACAAUACUCUGUCUCCAGACACCAAUAUUAGCAAGGUGGUCAUAAUGUUAUGCCUGAUCUGUGUAUGUAUAGUCCAUAUUUUCGAAAGCACAACAUGUCUUCAUGGUGUAUUGUUUAAGUUUAAGCCACACAGACUAGAGUUGAAGACUUGAGUGCGACACAGCUGCUGUCGUUGUGACCAUUUUAACAUUUUUGUAACAGUACACGUGGGCGGAUGGUGCCUCAGAACUUAUUCGGGCGGUGCAAGUUAGAAACAAAGAAAAAGACUGAUUGUAGCGUUGUUUUGCUGCCUUAGAACAGCUGUGUAGCCGUCUCCUUCAGGCCUUAUUCGCUCUGUAAUGUUCAUAUUUAAUGUAUUUUGCUCCAAAGCUGAAGGACGUUGCACUAAGAAGAAAUAUGACAUGAUUGUUUUCACACUUAAUAACUGCACAAUCACUUUCUGAAAGGUAGAUGCUGUUAAGUAUUUUUUUUAAAGAUGGAGUCGAAUGUAUUUUUGAUGAAGUCUGAGUCCUUGCUGGCCAGGUCGUUGAGAAUACUGCAGCACGUUCAUGUCUUGCCUCUGGUUUUCGUUUGUAUUCUUCUCAUGCUCAGUAAUAGCCGUUGGUAAAAAAUUCUUUCUGUGAAAGUGUCGAACUCUUGUGUGACGAGAUCACACUGUAUUUCCACAGGUUUAUGAAGUUAAUGUUCACUUUUAAAACGAAGAACCUUUGCUGCUGCUCUUUUCUGUAGAUUGUUGUGAUCCAGUCUACAUUAGGAUGUAACUAUGGAGGAGGUUUCGAUAAAUACAAACUGUCACUUUUAAAGGGUCAGAACUGUAGAUCCGCUGAACACGUGGUUAGAAUAUUUAAUGUCUGGAUAGUAUUGUAACGAUAUACAGGUAAAACAGAUGCUUAAAUAAAAAGAUUGUAUUUGAAA